AGCAGUAGCGAGACCGUUUUAGCUCUCAGACCAGUUCUCGCCUCCAUCGGCGACAACAAUUCAACGGAAAAUCCUCCGAUUUCUCUCUCCUCCGUUGAGCCACCGUGCCACUGCCGGAGGGAGAGUUAAUCUGUGAUAUUCUCGGGAUAUUAGGUAUUUAUGCGAUAAUCGAAUUAUUUUAAAUUCGAUUAGAGGACCCACCAUGAUCUUGAACUUUGUUCGCUGGAGUCCCAACAUCACAAUUCGAGGGAAUUUAUGAGCACGAGAUCUCUUCACUCGAUGCAUAGGUAACCUCCAAACUCUUAAACCCUGAUUUUCUUCCCCAAUUAUCACUUUCCAAUACACUCCGACAAACCCUCGUUUCAUGGUCCCUCCAUGUCUCCUUCCUUAUUAGGGUUCGUUGAUUAGUUAAGAUACUGUUUUCAGAUAUCAUAUUACUGCAAAAAUAUAAUGGGGAGAAUUGAAGUUUGAGGUUUUAGCCUUUUAGGUCGAAUAAACUUUUAGUUAGUGCUCUUGUUGAUUGGUUGAAAUUGUCGAUCUGGAGUUCUGUGAAUGGAGAAUGGGCCAUGCUCUGAAACUUGCUCUGAUGCUGAUUCUUCUGUCCAUAGUUCAUCCAUCUUCCAGCUCAUAUGACUUCGAGCAUUGCAAAAAUUCAGUGAAGCAAUGGGCAUCUUCUUCCCUUCAUUCAGACACCAAAGAUGGUCAUAUUCUCAAGGACUUGCUCUUUUUCCUUCAUGUCCCAAGAACAGGAGGCCGAACUUAUUUCCAUUGCUUCUUAAAGAAACUCUAUUCUAGUGCUCUAGAAUGCCCUCGAUCUUACGACAAAUUGCGUUUUAAUCCCCACAAACCAGGUUGCAGACUAUUAGUAACUCAUGAUGAUUAUAGCAUGAUGUCCAAACUUCCAACAGAGAAAACUUCGGUAGUAACAAUUUUAAGGAACCCUAUUGAGCGUGUUUUCAGUGCUUAUGAAUUUUCAAUAGAAGUAGCUGCUAGGUUUUUAGUGCAUCCAAAUUUGACCUCAGUAUUGAAAAUGUCUUCAAGAAUACGUUCCAAAAAUGGUGGCAUAAGCACUCUUGAGAUUUGGCCAUGGAAGUAUCUUGUUCCUUGGAUGAGAGAAGAUCUAUUCACACGGAGAGAUGAAAGAAAGAGAAAGGGCCCACAUUCUGCUUAUGGGAAUGAUUCAUAUGAUAUGGAGGAAAUUGUUAUGCCAUUACAUGAAUACAUACAUCACCCUGUAGCUAUGGACAUUGUUCACAAUGGUGCUACAUUCCAGGUUGCAGGUUUGACAAAUAAUUCUAAUAUUCUUGAGGCACAUGAACUUCGCCAAUGUGUAAUAACACAUGAGAUUCUUGGGAAAUAUGUGCUUGAAGUUGCAAAGAAAAGGUUGGAUGAUAUGCUGUAUGUUGGAAUCACAGAGGAUCAUAGAGAAUCUGCUACAAUGUUUGCAAAUGUUGUUGGUGCUCAAGUUAUUUCUCAGUUAAUGGCAUCAACUGUAAAUAAUAAUAAUACAUCAGAACAGGGUCCUUCAGUUUCUGAUUCCAGCAAUGAUACAACUGAUGAUCAGAUGACAGUGGGGAAACUUAUGAAAACCUAUGAAACCUGCAUUUCUUCAUUAAGAUCAUCUCAAUCACAAAGGCGUAUUGCUUCUUUGAAAAGAAUUUCUCCAGCUAAUUUCACAAAGGAGGCACGUAGAAAUGUACCUAAUACGCUUCUCAAAGAAAUUAUUUCUUUAAAUAGUCUUGAUAUGGAACUCUACAAGUAUGCAAAAGAGAUUUUUCAAAAACAGCAUCAGAUUAUGAAAUUGCAGGAUUCUGUUUCUUCUGUUACACCUGAGAAGUGGCAUUACAUGAUGUUUAGCAACAUUGAUUCUACAUGGACAGUUGCUUAUUUUCUUGGUUUCAUGUUUUUGAUUUUCUUGAUUUGCUUUUAUAAAAGUGCAAAAAGAAGGAUAUCGAAAGUUAAGGUGUGAUUAAUAUUUUUAACCAAAUAUCGAUGGGAUUUUUUUUAUGGGUUGAUGAUUUUUGUGGGAUGUGUUAUUAUUUAUUGAGAUGAAGUUUGUAAUUAUGC